AUGAGCGUCAGUGACCACCAAUAUCUGUCCUUUACCGAGACCCUCCUUGCAACUAUCCGCCUACAGCGUCUGGACCCUUACCACCCACUUCGAAGACGCGCAGAACAGGUUGCCAGUAAUGGCCAACAAACCAGCCGAUUUGCCCGCCGUAUACUGGCCCUCCCCAACUCUGAGCAGAUAAACCCUCUCCAAUACGCUCCCUGGCACCCUCGCGAGUCUCGUGAGAAUGCCCAAGCUCGAAUAGGAGCUCCCAUGGGACGCACUAAGGGACAGGCAGCGGCUGAUUUCAUGGUUUUUCAACGCACCAUCCCUAGCUCUAAUAUUAUAAUCUUUUCAGAUGGAUCUAGGCUGGUAGACGGACAUGCAGGGGGUGGCUAUAUUGGAUUUCAAGUACACCAUCAGUUCCUCCACUCCUCACUCUCAUAUGGAUAUGGGAAAGAGGUCUUCAACGCAGAAGCAGAAGCUGCCUUAGCUGGUGCUCAAGCAGCAAUAGCAUACCCAACAGCUCAAUUUGCUACCAACUUAUGGAUCUGCCUUGACAACCUGGAAGUUGCCACGCGCCUCCUAUCUCCCUCUACAGGAUCCUCUCAAGAGGUCUUUGAAUCCUUCCGCACCCUUGCAGCCGCCUGGCCACUACGCGAGAGGGUGUAUCUCUUUAGCGAGGCAUAUGAAGAUUUGGAUGGAGAGAGGGAAGCAGAGACAGCUCCCUCUAUAGCAGUGAGAUCAGCCGCUUUAUUCUCAGGGAUUUUGGUGUGUCUGGGGACCCAUCGGAUUUGGAUUGAUCCAUUUUUGGUAUGUGGAAGCAAGACUCAAGCCCUUUCCACUACUCAGACACAGUGGCAGAUUAUAGCGCCACAGACAUACCAAGACCUAGAAAUAACUAUAUCUCCUAAGCGCCCUGAAGAGCUUCCGCUUAACCGACUUGAUCUUGGCCGCAUCAUCGCGGCCCGUACCGGUCAUGGAGACUUUGUAAACUAUCAUAAAUGCUUUAAUCAUGAUGAUGCUUAUCUACUAUGUUGGUGCGGAGCAUGA